AACCAAUCUCACUGCUCGAUAUCACUUGUUGAAUUAGCAGGGACGGGCAACCUUUUUUACUCAGGGGUCAAACUUACAAAAUUUCCUACCAUGCUGGAGCGGGUCGGACCAGGAAGGGCUGAGCAAAAUUGAAAGAAUAUUUCAGUGUAAAACUAUCGCCAUAUAUCAACUGAGAAGUGCAAACCUUCUGGUUUGCCAGGUUAUUUCUCUGAGUGAGAUGUUUUCUCCCUAUCUUCCCAUUUGAACUACAUAUCUUCAAAUUUUCCGGUGUUCAGAACUAGAAUUUCAAGAGAACAUAUAUUUGCCAAUAAAUGCUGCUACUUAGGUUUUUCCAGUGGAGGUCACGUAGCUAUUCUCAGAUAGAGCUUUUUCAAUUUUUUUUGCUAUUGGCUCUUCUCUUGCCUACUAGUUUAAUGGGAAUAAUUUUAUACUAUAGUAAAUUGUUACACCUAUCGAAAAUGUUUUUACAAUUACUGUAAAAUUGAGCAGUCUAUUAUUCGCCAAGUUCACCAAGGAGCCAAGUCUAAUUAACUGACGUAACAAUUGGAUAAUUCGACAAUUUGACGUCACAAUUACGGACUAGGUCGACAAGUUUAAAAGCGGCGUUCAGCAAUCAAUCAACGAACUUUGCUCAAGCUUUUACAACUGUUCGAAGCUAAACAGAGUUUUAUUCGAUUUAAAAAGAUAUUCAAAGCUACAAGCUUACAAUGAAAAGCAGUUCUUUUCAUUAUCAAAUGGAAGCGGAAAGCAGAAAUCAAGUCCACUCGAGGAAUUCUCAGUACGACGAUCCGACUGCAUGCGAGAGCUCAGAAGAAGAAGAUUAUUCUGACAGUUACUUUCGGGAUGAGCAUGAAACUCUUAGUUUUACUGCAACCGAUCAAAAGGAAGAUUUCGAUCCCAUAGCCAAAGAAGUGGAAAAUCUGCGGGAAUUUAGCAGACAACUAUGGCAAAAGAUCGAAUUGUCUGCCAGACAGCCAUGCAGUUCUAUGGAUUUUGAUAAACUAGAAGAGGAUGAUUUGUCUGAUGAGGUGCAAGAGGAAGAUUGUCUUGCACUCUCCCAGCAAUGCAGUUCAUUGCAGACAGAAAGAAGAAAGCAAUUGUCAGCUCGACGAUCAAAGGGUCUAAAAAGAAAAAAGUCUAGACAAAAUAAAGCCCCAAGGUCCAAGACUCGCAAGAAGGACAUAUUCUCCUCUCAGAUAAGAAAAUAUCAAGAAUUCGAGAGUGACAAAGAUCAGUCAGGAUAUGAUACUGACAGUGAAGAUGAAUUGGUUUAUGCUACUGACAACCAUCCCUGCGUGGUUGAUGCUGCCUACAGUGUGCUUGAGAAAUCUGGUCACCACUGUUCCAUUUCUUCAGCUACUUCUUGUCACAGUACAAGCACGGAAAAUCUUGAAAAUGAGGAUUCCGACUACCCAGAACUCGAUUCAGAUAUUGAAAUCGAUGACCCGAUGUUCUUUAGAGACGACGGCACAAUGCCUUUGCCUGAUUUUGACCCCAUUGUGGAAUCAGCUGAUGACAAUGAUGCAAACGACGGACAUAUCCAUAGGCAUGAACUCCAUGAAGAAAACGAUGACGAAAACAGUGACGAUGGAUACGAAUCAGACCAAGAGGACGCAAGAAAAGGUUUUGCUCUAAUACCAACACAGCAAGGCAUGGCCAUCAGAUUCAAGAACUUUCAAUCAAUCGUACCAUAUCUAAACUCCUUGCUGCCAGGGCAACUUAACCAGAGCGGAGUCUUAAACUUGCACUAUCAUCCCUCAACAUAUCCAUUCACAAGAAAUGCACUCUCGAAUUUCCAACGCAACAUCGCUGCAGCUUUUGAUCAGCCAAUAGUAGAUGAAGUUAUAGUUAUUGACAGCGAUUCGGAAGAUGAAUCUGACGAAGUUGUAACUAUUGACAGCGAUUCUGAAGAUGAAACGAAUGAGGUAAUAACUAUUGAAAGUGAUUCAGAAGAUGAAUCUCAAGAAGAUGAUUUGCCUCAGCAACAAAUUGACAACAGGGAGGAUGUAUCUGCAGGAAUUGCUUCUGACGACUCAUUACCACGAUAUGAAUCUGGAAGCAUUGAACAUGAAGAGUUGAUCGAUGAAGCAAUUGAUGGGUCUGUUGAAAACCUGAACUCACAGGAAGUGACAUUGGAAAACCCUAUAUUAGAAGAACAGCCACAACAUCAAUGGUAUCUUGAUAGCAGUAUUAGCCCGUUGGUGCAAAGCAGUCUUGUAAAUGAACAACCAAAUGAAGUUUUCCUAGCAGAGAAUUCGUCUUCUGAAAAUAUGCCACCUUGCAGUGAUGGAGAAUGCCAAGCUGAUGACGAUUUGGAUAGUGACGAGGUAGAAGUGGAAGAGUUAUGCUUCUUUGAAAAUCGUCAGAAUAGAGAUGAGGAUCAGGAUGAGGAAAAGGAUGAAGACGACCUUCUAGAGCUUGCUUCUCUUGAGCAGCGGGAAGUGAACUCGGUCCAAUUGUGUUUGGAAGCUAGUAGCCUGGAAACAAAUGACGUCAACGGAAGUCGUGAAUAUUUUCCUAACUUUGAGGAAUCGUAUCAGUUUAGCCCUGACAUGCUUCAAGAGAGGUCCAGGACACCGGACAGAAUGUUUGCAGGAAAUCAAAGAAAAGUAAUAUAUUGUUAUUGUGGAGCUAAUCAUAGCAAUGAAAGUUACAUUGGGGACUAAAGCCAUGGAGCCGAUAUCAGCUUUGCUCUACUUUGAUACUAUAGUUGGAUAGAAGCAAGAACAUGAAUAAUAUCUUUGCAACAGCACUAACUGCAAAUUAUGUUUGAACAAAACUUGAAUGUCCUUGUUUGCAUUCUGUAGCAAACUAUAUUUUAAGAAAAACUAUAAAUGAUUACUGUUUUAAAAGCGAAAUUGUAAAAAAAUUGAAUCUAUAUUAGAAUACCAUAUAAGAUUGUUAAUGUAGCAUAAAUUAUGAAGAACAUAAUUGUCUUACAUAUGGAGUUGACUUUGACCUUUUUUGUAACUCCUUUUAAAAUUUGCGAAUUCAAUGGACCAGUUGAAGUAGUUGUAUAGACCCUGCGGUGCGUCAGGGUUUACCUUUGAUCCAAUCGAUAUACCAAGGCUGCUUGCGAUGUGGUAGAUAUUGCCAUUACCUCGCAAAAAUUUGAAGAACAUGCAUUUCAUAUUUACAGAAAUGCCUUCUUUCCUUUUUGUUUGGUUUGGAAAAAGUAUUUUGAGAAAAAUAGGUACCUUACAAGCAGUAGCGUAGCAAGGGGGCAAGGGGGUAUGUGUGAUAUUUUCAGAGAAAAGUGAAAUGUUUUAAAUGAUUGCAAGAAAAUGACUGCAAUGCAUAUUCUGGGUCGCAAAAGCUUUCUGCUCGCUUCGCUAGCAGGGGAGCCUCGUCUGUCCCUCUUAGGAAUGUUACUCAAUUUUCUUCAUGCUCUUUAGACAUUCCCGAUAACAUAGAUACUAAAAUGCUCGAAUCCUUAAAACUAGUUACUGAAAUGCUUGUGAAAGGUUUUCCAGAUUUUGCCCCUAGCAAAAUGGACUUAGUUUGAAGUAUUUGAAUGUUGUUAAUUAUUUCUAGAUAUUUGCAUAUAUUUUCUGAAAAGUUGAUUUUUACGUGUAGAGCUUCCUUGACAACACGGUUCAGAAUAUAAAUGCGAGAGGAAUUGCGAAGGAAAUAGCCUGUUGUACAAUGGAAAAGUCCAGCCAUAGAAAGCUACAUAUGAUUGUUAUUGUGUUUGAUUAGCCAAAUAUUGUCACUUAGAAAAAACCUAUAACUUUUUCAAUUUAUUUUAUAAAAUGGGGCGUCUUCAAAAUUCCUUAAGGGUGUGGUCAGUAAAAAUGUUCUUCUUUGCCUCUCCAAUCUUCAAUCCCUGGCUACACCACUGCUUGCAAGUUACAGCCUUUUUUAAAUUGUCCGGAAGGUUGGAAAAAGUUGACCUGAUGUUUGACGUUGUUCCAUUUUUUUCCGUAUAAGCGAAGGUUACAUAAAAUUUAUGUGAAGAUAAGAGAUUUUACAAUAUGUUCACAGCCAAAGCUACAGAGGAAAUCAGGAACUUAUAUUUAACAUUAUGAAUGAUUUUCAACUGCCAGUAUAUCUAUAUGGUUAAAUCUAAAUGGUUUCAAGUAGAAUCAUCAACGGUUUCUUAAAAGUGUGACACGUACUAUGACAUGUAAAGUGUUUAAAGUGUGUGGUUAGUUUGAAAUCACUAAAUUCUGAAUCACGGAUUCUUUUGUGGCGUUUAUAAAAGGACUCGUUUCAAAAGAUUGUCCAAUUCACAAGAAACAGGUAGAAAGGAUAUAGUUUUAGUCAAAUUAUUAUGGGGCUUCUUGAAACUUUAGCUUAGCUUAUCGUUUAAAAUAUAAAAAAUCUUGACAGCAUAUAGAUGCUCUAUUUACAGUCAACAUAUCAUUUCAAAUACACAAUGUUUGCUGGAGCUCUGUUGAUGGGAAAAUAUGUUGGGAAAUCCAAGACCUGUUCUUGAAAAUUUAGCGAUUUAGCCGUUAUUUGAAUUAUUUGAGUCUCUUUUCUGAUGUUUUUGAAAAGUUUUUUGUUAAAUUCAAACAAUAUGCCAAGCCUGUGAUAGUAAAAAAUAAUAUCAGUCCACUCAAUAUGCGAAAGAAAAAAAGAAAAAUUAAAAACAUUAUUAAAUAUUAAAAACAACAUAAAGAGGAAAAUGCUCGAUAGGAUCUAAUGCUGGUCCAUUGAAUGUAAAAAGAGAGAUCAGGGGCUGCUUUAUAUCCUAAUUGCAGGGUGGGUAUCAGAUCGUAAGCCCUCAGUUAAGAGUAUGACCACACCAACGAAAGUAGGUGUAGUUUGUAUACUUCUAGUUAUUGGUAUAUUUUCAGUUGAUCAAUAUACCAGCAGAAUUUAAAAUGCAGCUUUGCGUGAUCUGUGCAAUUUUAAGAGCAAUUUGGAUUCAGGCUAUUCUCUCAAUAUGCGAAAGGUGUUUCAAAACAGCCAGAUCCAACUACAGAGAAACAUCGUUUUUGAUAAAUAAAUGCAAUGCGUUCGAAGGCAUUAUCAAUGAUCGCCUGAUACGAUUAAGUGACAAAAAAUAUUUAAUGGAAGCGGCUAGGGCGCAAUUUGAACUGUAAACUGAUAAAAAUUGCAGACAGUCAAUUCUUCUGUACUGUCCGCCUGAGUUUAUAUAUUUAAAGUAAGCGUCAAAAACUAUUUACAAUGAAUUUCCAAAAGCAUUUGUCAUGUUUAUUUUGAAGAUUUGUGAUGCAUAAAAUGGUAAAGAGCGACUAAUUCAAAUAAUUUGUGCUGUUUUACAAAAGUAAGGGGCAACUAAGGCCUGAAGAUGGAAGACAGGGGUACGACAUGGAUGUAUCCACGAUUGUUCGUAGUGUCUAAUGAACGUGGUUUGCUAUGAUAUAGUAGGUUAAGGUAUGAUAUGUCCUAGCCAACAGAGAAUAGGUGCAUUUACCCAUGAAACCGAAUAUCGACAGCAGGGUAAAUGCACAGGCUUGUUUCGUACAUCCUGAAAAUUUCAUCACAAAGCUACCCAAUAUCAGCAUAUCUGGUAACGAUAAAAACUAUCCAAAACUAUUUGAAUAAAUAGAAAGGAUUGGCAUCUUCAGUAGCUUUUAUAAUUUUUUCAUAGUAACUCUCAAAUUCAGUUUUAAAAUCUUAGAACUGUGUCAGGCAUCAGAAAAGCCCAUUUGCCGUCAUUGCUUUUUCGAAGGGAAAUUUGCUGCGGGGGUAAACCUUUGAUUAUAAAAAGAGGAGGACAAGAGCCAAUUUUUAAACAACGGGAAGUCAUUGAGGUUGGAGGGACUAUUGUCUCCUAGUUAGUAUGUUGAAAGGCCUUGUUUGCAGAUUUUGACAAAAAUUACAAGGAAGCAAUUUACAGUCUGCAACUACCAUUAGCUAAAGGUUACUUUUCCCAUAUUUAACCAAGCCCACCCCCCCCCCGCCCUGUUGAGCUCGAAUGAAGCCUUGAAAUUUAGCAUUAAAAAGAAAAGAUGUGAUCGACCUUUUGCCACCCGGGCCAGACUACACCUGAUGGCAAUUUUCAGCGCAAAACCAAUGUCUGGUGACGUAGAGACAAAUUUUCCAAAACUCUUUGAAACUAGAAUGUUGGCCGCAUUUAAAAACCUUGACAAACCACAACAUUACGUCUUGCAAAUGCCCGAAGCGUUCUUUAUUUUUCUUCUUUUCGGGGGGAGGGCAUUUUAAAAGAGGUUGGUGUUUUACUGUAGUAUAUAAUGUAAUCAAACAGUUUUUUAAAUCCUAAGCCACAAAUAUAUUUCAGUAGCAAAGAAGGAUGCUUUUCGACGAAAAUGACUUUAAAACAGUUUCUGGUUGAUCUUCCUAGGCUCGAGGACAAGCAUUCGGUAGUGAUCUGAAUAUGCUCGAGUUUGGGAUAGACGUCUUCAAGACUUGUCACUUGUGAUAUACCAUACGUACUCAUUAGGAGGUGUGAAUGUGAAGGUGCGACAGAAACACCUGAGAACCUGAGGUGCAUUUUAGAGAGCUUAUGGAAGAAGUCAAUAGUCUACACUUUUAACUGACAUCUUGUUGGUAUUUUUCAGAACAGCCAUUUGCCAGACUAGGCUUUGCUGCUCACAUUUGGCGGGAAAUGUUGCUGAGCAUUUUGUUCACACUUAGACCUUAUAUAUUCGUUUGUUUGCAAACAAAGUGUAGAUCUGAUAUAUUUGCAAACAAAGAUGAUACCUUUUACAUCUGAAAUUUCAGAUCACGAUUUGUAAGUGAAGAUUGGCCAUACAGAAAUGAAAAAACGAACGUAUUUGUAUGCAAAACAAAACUAAAUGAUGAAGAAAUGUAAAUAAAAGAUGUUAAACGCCUAGUAUAUGUUAGUAGUUACAAGAUAUAACGUCGAUAUGAUUUGUAAAACAUAUUUAUAUCAGAUUUUGAUAAUAUAUUUACAAUCACCUUACAUAUUUUGUAUAAUAGAAUUUGCACCCUGGGUGGAGAAUACCAGCCUCCGUCCUUUAAAGCAAUCCGUACCACUGAUCCCAAGAAAAGACUGGA